AGAAAUAUUAAAAUGUAAAUACAUUCGAUCAAUAAAAAUUAAAAUAGUAAAUAAAUUCAUUUCUAAAGAUUUGAUUUUUGUUUCUUCCGUGGACAUAUCGUGUCGCGGUAAGGUCGCAUUUAUUAAACGAAUAUGUUCAGAAAUAUAUAUGUUCGACUAUAUCAUAUGGCAACGAGUCAAUCUAUUAUUGGAAAAAUUACACAACUCAAGUUCACGGUAACCCUUCCUCUCUCAUUUAUUAAUCUGUUGGUUAACAGUAUUUUACUUCUUGUAAUGUGUUGCGCAAAUAAUACUGUUUUUUGAAAUUUUAUAGUAAGUGAAUCAUUGAUAUUAUUUGUAAUACAUAUAAAAAAAUCCAGAAGUAAUGAAUAGUAACGACAUCGACGAAAAUAUUCUUUCAUUAUAUAAUGCUCAAAAGUGGGAAGAGAUUGCUGCAUUAGCUUCCGCGAAUGGCAAUCCUAAGCCUAGUCGAUUAUCAUGGGUAUUGCCUGACGUGAGUGACUUGUAUUGGAUAAACGAUACUAUACGAAAGUAUAAUUUAUCUGGAAUUGCAAGCAUUGGUUGUGGUUGUGGAUUAUUGGAAUGGUUGCUACAAAAAUGUUCAGGAUUGGACGUUGUGGGUAUAGAAUUGGAUAGUUCUUGGUGGAAUAGCAAAUAUUCUCCUCCACAAUUCUUAAAAAAUAUUAUCUUUAUUGAGAACAAGUCAAAUUUUCAAGUGCCAAAACGAUACGCAAUGUUAUUUUGCUACUUUAAUAACUGUGCAGCAUUCUGUAAUUAUAUAGAAAAUUACAAAGGUAAUUUAAUUUUUGUUAUUGGACCUGCGCAAGGGAAUAAUUGUACAACAGAUCCAUUGCCAUUCGAUGAAAAAUUUGAAAAAUAUAAUUGGAAAUUAAUAAAGCAGAAAAAACUUGUGUGUUCCAACGAUUAUAUUACUGUAUACAGUAAUAAAUAAUAAAAAGUAUAAUGUGUUUUAAAUAAUAAUGAAUAAUAAUUUUAUAAAAUAAUAUAUACAUAGA